CCAAUCCACACAUCAGAAUGUCGAAAAGAGGCGCUACCGAUCAGAUCACGAAGGAUAACUUCAACGAAAGAGAUGAUGACGAUGAGCCUCAAGUCUUCAAGGCUUCUGCUGAAGUGAUGGCCAAGCGAAAAAUCAUACAACCAAAGAGAAGAAACAUCGCAUCGGCAUCUUCAGCAUCUUCAGCAUCUUCAACUCCAUCAGUUCCUGUAAGUGGAAAGCCAGCCUUUGCUGGCUUGAAUGGCUCUUCCACAUCUGAACCAGCCAAUCCAUUCAAGCUAUCGAAGUCGACAGCAUCGACAACUUCAAGUUCAACAACAAAUUCAUCAACUUCCUCUUCUCCUGCUGAGGCUGUUAAAAACAACAAAAUAAAGGCAUUGAACAACAAGUUGGUACUGACCCUUGCUAGCAAGAACACAGAGGGAACCGUAGCGAACUUCACUCCGUUGCUUAAUAAGUAUAUCCAGUACUACAAGGACAUUGAAGCAGAGUACAUUUCUUCAUCAACUACAGAGUCCAAUACGACCAUCCCAUCAUUCACGGGACUCUCUUCCACAUCUGCCAAUUCGGCAACUACCACUUCAAAGCCGAUUAUUCCAGUUGUUCAAGAAAAGAAGGAAGAACCUAUACAAGUAGAAUCUGACUCCGACUCUGACUCUGAAGACGAUGUCAAGGUGGAAGGACCCAAGUUCACAUUGACAGCCAAUCCAACCACAAAGAGCUCCCCAUUUACAUUCGAUCCCAAGAAACUUGCCAAAAAGAACGAAAGGGAUGAUUCUGACUCCGAGUCUGAGAUCGAAAUCAAGGGUCCUACCUUCACUUUCAACAAGCCAAUCAAGGACGCUGUGUUCAAGCUCCCUUCUGAUAAACCAGCAAAUAGUCUUUUCAACUUCGGAACUACAAACGAUGCUGCUAAAUCAGAAGAAAAGAAGCUUGAAGAGCCGAAACCAGAUGAACCCAAACCUGCAUUUUCCUUUACUCCAACUACCAACUCUACUGCUUCCACUGAGAAGAAAGACCCAGUGCUCGUUCCAUUUUCAUUUGGUUCGGCUUCAGUAGAAAACAAAGACAACGACAAGCCAGGAUUUUCGCACACACUGACUUCCAGUGAAGAAAAGAAGGAAACCCAAAAGCAUUUCGCCUUUAAUUCUACAACUGCGGCUACAGCCGAACCUAACCAAGCAUUUUCAUUUGGUCAACUGCAACCUACUACAUUAUUCGGAUCUUCUGCUAUUACAGCAUCUGCAAAGAAAGACGAGACAAAACCAACAUUUUCAUUUGGAAUAUCAAAUACCAAUGGCGAAAAGAAUGCAGAACAUACCAAACCGUUGUCUAGUUUUAACCCAACUGAUACCGAAAAUAGGGCCGAACAACCCAAGCCAUUGUUCAGUUUUAAUCCACCAGUUUCUUCUGAAAAGAAAACUGAUUCUAAACCAGCUUCGUUCUCUUUCGGAUCUGCCACUUCCGAGAAGAAUGAUUCUCAACCAUCUCCGUUCUCGUUCGGUUCAGCCAUUUCUGAAAAGAAAAACGAAGUAAAGCCAUCAACGACCUUGUCAUUCGGUUCCAACAAUGGCAAUACCUUUGGUUUUGGCCAAAAGAAUGGUGGCGACAAUAAUGAAACUUCCACUAAACCGGCCUUCCUGUUUUCGUUUAACCCAACAGCUAGUUCGGGAUCAGACUCUUCCGCGAAACCAGCAUUCACGCUUGGUUCCACUAACGGGUCGUCAGUAUUCGGAAACUCUUCGGCAACUAAUGCAUUUUCUGUAGAAUCUACUACUUCUGAGUCCAAGGAUACCGACAAGGAUGAUGAUAAAGUGCAGGAAGAAGAGACAGGAGGAGACUUUGCUCCGGUUGCUCAAUUAGGUUCUGAAAAAGUGGAAAGUGUGUCUGGAGAAGAAUUAGAAGAUACUCUAUAUACUAAGCGUGCCAAGUUGAUGUUGUUCGAUCCAAGCUCGAAGGAAAAUCCAUACGUCAACAAGGGAGUUGGUGAUUUAAAAGUAUUGAAAAACAAAGAGACACAGAAAUCAAGAGUGUUGAUUAGAGCUGAUGGCGGAUUAAGAGUAUUGUUGAACAUAGCUAUUUCCAAGGAUAUGACAUAUACGCAGAUCGGAAAUGGUUCAAUGGUGCGUAUUCCAACUGUUAACCCUCUUGAUACUUCCAAGAUCGAGACUUAUGUGCUAAAAGUGAAGACACCAAGUGAUGGUGCGGAUCUUUUGAAGCAUUUGGAUGAUAAUAAGCUGUAGGUGCCUGAUUAUUAGAUAAUUUUGUAUUAUAAAUUAACUGUACAUG